AUGACAAUCCACUCCACGCAGGGCCGGUGUUUUGUUGAGGGGCUUCUUCGUUCGACCUGGGAGCAGCAGCAAGCAGCAGCAGCAGCAGCAGCAGCAGCAGCAGCAGCAGCAGCAGCAACAGCAGCAGGCUCCCUUGUUCCGUACAACUUUAGCAGCAGCAGCAGCGGAAGAAAACGCGAAGCAGCAACGGUAAGGGAGCCAGCAGCAGCAGCAGCAGCAAAAGAAACAGCAGCAGCAACGAAAGCAAAACAAAAAGCGGCAGCAGCAGCAAAAGCAAAAGCGGCAGAAACAGAAAAAGCAGUAGCAGCAGCAGCAAGAGCGACAGUGAAAGGAGCAGCAGCAGCAGCAAGAGCGACAGUGAAAGGAGCAGCAGCAGCAGCAGCAAGAGCGACAUUGAAAGGAGCAGCAGCAGCAGCAGCAAGAGCGACAGCAAAAGAAGCAGCAGCAGCAGCAGCAAGGGGAGAGGCAAAGGGAGAAGCAAACAGCAGCACUUCUUCGCCAGCAGCGAAAACAGCAGCAGCAGCAGCAGCAGCAGCUGCUGCUGCAGCAGAUCGCGACCAGCUGUGGCCCUAG